UUGGGUACAAGCAACUGAAAUACCACCAACUAAAAUAUAGUUCACAAGAGUUAACAAAACACAAGCCCUUAUUAAUGUAAAUAGAACGAAGGAGAAAAGUCAGUCGGACAUCAAUUUUGCAAUUUAGAAUACCGUUGCGUUUAGUACAGCUUUGAGAAUUUGGCGAUUUCUCCCACAGAGAUGCAGAGAUCUGAAAUGCAUAUACUCAUCUAUAAACGAUGUUUUAAUUAAUAUUUCAUGCCAUAAAUAAUCCACACCUCUAACACAAAAUAUCAACGAAAUCUCUUGAUUGUGGAAGGAAGCUGGUUUAAUGCCGGCUCCUGAUGAAUCAGAAAUGUAUCGUAAAUCCUCAAAAUUACGAUCGUAAAUAUUCAAGAUCCCCAGAAUUAGAUGCUAAACAUUAUUUCGAUUACAAUUAUCUGACAGGGCACAGAGGCCGCUUCAUUUUGGGAAAGGCGCGCGGUGUAACUUGACACUCCGUCAAUCUCCCUCUGAUAACUCUGCCUUCAUCCGUGUCCAACACGAAAGGCUAAAUUGUUUGAAGUCAUAUUGUUUUUUUUUAAAAAAUGCAAUCUUGAAAUUCAGAAUUCCUUGGUCGAAAAUGCAAGCAUCCUGACUCUGCGCUAAUUAGAAAAUAGGUCCAAACAUGAAUACUGUUGCAGAGUCGAAUUUUACAUUAACAAUGUUAGCUAUUACUAAUAAAUAAUCUUAUUACCAUCAUCAGCAAACUUCUCACCUGCCACGAAUUUUCCACUAAUUUCCCGAUUUGGGGAGGUGAAUAUACGAAUUAUUUCAUUCUUGGGUCUUAUUGCAUACUAAUUUUGUGGACUAGAAGAUCUAAAUUCAAACCUCACAUUUGAAUGGAUGCGUUAUUGGAUUGGGCUUGCUUUAAUAAAGUCUGUAUCAGUCUGGCUUUUUGCUUAAUUCAGGCUGUAGCGAAUGAAUCACGUUCAGAGGGUCAGGAUUCCUGCACUUUUGAAUGUGUGUGUGUGUGUGUGUGCGCGCUCAAAACCCAAGUGUGGGACACAGCGUCGCGUGUGCUUUAAUUAGUUGUCAUCACAUAUUAUUGCCGGGCUGAUGAGAUGCUUCCCGGGAACCGGCUCCUCUUGGCUCCAGUUCCUCGGAGGGACGUGGGACAGUCUCCUUCCAAAAAAAAAACAGGCUGAAGGAAGUGUCCGAACUAAAUGUUGAUGGAGUGAAACGAGGAGACUGUUUUCCACGGGCCGUGGGCCGGCCACGGAUUUGAGGGCGGGGACGAUGGCAGAUAAAUUGGUGUUGCUGGGCACCUGGUGCCUAACCGGUCUCUGGAGCAGCAGCCACGCCUGCCCGGAGCUCUGCGUUUGCCAGGACAAGUACUCCCACCAGUUCGCCGACUGCGCCUACAAGAACUUCGCCUCCGUUCCCGACGGCUUACCCCACAACGUGACCACCCUCAGCCUCUCGGCGAACAAGAUUAAGUCGCUGCUCCGGAGUUCCUUCGUCCGGGUGCCCCAGGUCACGUCCCUGUGGCUGGCUCACAAUGAGAUCUCCACCAUCGAGGAGGGGACCUUGGCGCCGCUGUCCCAGCUGAAGAACUUGGACAUCAGCCACAACCAGAUAGCGCGUUUCCCCUGGCAGGACCUGUACAACCUCACCGCCCUGCAGCUACUGAAGAUGAACAAUAACCUCCUGGCCGGGCUGCCCGGAGACGCCUUCUCCACUCUGGGGGAUCUGCGCUCCCUCCGUAUCAACAGCAACCGCUUCCGCACCUUCGCGGAGGGCACCUUCGACUCGCUGACCUCCCUGUCCCAUCUCCAGAUCUACAGCAACCCCUUCUCCUGCACUUGUCAGCUGGAGUGGCUGAAGGAUUGGAUCCACAAGGCGCUCAUCUCCAUCCCAGAGAAGCAAGAUAUCCAGUGCUCGGACCCCCCUGAGCUGAGAGGGACGGCGGUGGUGGACCUGCCCCCGCUGCAGUGCUCGGCCCCCUUAGUCUACCUGAGCUACCAAGGUAGCAAGGACAAGGCGGGCUUCUUCGAAGGCCAGACGCUCAGCGUGCACUGCAACUCCACGGGCAACCCGCUUCCUCAGAUCAGGUGGAAGGUACAGACGGCCAACAGGGAGAUCGAGCUGAACGAGGCGAAGGUGAGGGAGGAGGGGAGGGAGCUGGCGACCGGCAAGGAGGACCAGGAGCGGCUGGUGGUCCUCAAGAACGGGACCCUGGUCAUUCCCCGCCUCACCAAGUACGAAGAAGGGGUCUACACCUGCCUGGCCACCAACAUCAUGGGAAGUAACGAGUCCUCCCUACAAGUGGUGCUCAGUCCUACUUCGAAGCGCGACCCCGUUUACACCAAGGAACCGGCGUUGAGCCCCGGCGCUACUCUGAAGCCAGGUGUCAAGGACCACGGCACCGGUUUGCCCAAACUGCGAGGGGUGGUCCGGAGCCCGGAGCCGACCGUGGGCGGCAUUCCGACCCGGAGACCCGUUCCAGGAGCUCCCGACGCCCAGAGUUGUGUCAGGAGAGAGGGAAGUCGUUACAUCUCCAACCACGCCUUCAACCAGAGCUCGGAGAUGAAGCGGCACACCUUCGACUUCGGAGUAAUCGCCCUGGAAGUGAGCGAGAGCGACGCCAGGGUACAACUAACCCCCUUCCAGAGCUCGCCGAGGGCCAAGAGUCCCCAGAUGCUGUACCUGUGCAGCGGGCAAGGAGUGGACGGUGCCUCGGUGGUGCAGUGGUCCAUGAUCGAGAGCGGGGUCAACUCCUACCGCUUCCAGAACCUGCGGCCGGGUUCCAACUACACCCUCUGCUUCACCUACACGGGCCAAGACUGCCAGGUACAGGUAGUCUUCACCACCAGGAGGAAGAUCCCAUCCCUGUUGAUCAUGGUCGUGGUCAGUUGCUUCCUCUUGGGCUUGGCCACCGUCCCCUUGUUGGGGGCUACCUGUUGCCACCUGAUGUACAAGUACCAGGGCAAGACCUACAAGCUGAUCAUGAAGACCCAGGCGCCGGAGAAAGUGGAGAAGGAAGCGGCCAGCCCGUUCGAAGCCGCCGCUUCCUCCCUGCACGGCUCGGCUCAGGUCUACGAGCCCAGCGAGGCGGGCGGGGCGAGUCUCGAAGCCGAGGGCAUCUCCGAGUCUCACGUCAAAACCAACCAGGAGGAGUAUGAGAUCUGCUCGGAGUACAGUGACCGUCUGCCGCUCGGGGCCGAGGCUGUGAACAUCAACCAGGAGAUUAACGGGAACUACAGGCGGCCCGUGCGCUGAACCCCGAGGCAAAGGAACACACGCCCCAAGUCUGCCAACUCAACCCGAAAUAAAAUUGAACCACCUCCCAGCUUCCCCCCCCAAAACCUCUGGACCUCCGCACGGUCGAAUGGCCGUGGUUCUUGUUCGUAGUAUCAAAAUCUUACUGUUGAAUUAACAAGCACAACAUAGUUUGGGAAUUGGGAGCAGUUGCAACGAAUUCCCGAUUCUCGGAUCCGGGGUGGGGAGAUGGAGAACGCGUGCGAUAGGUUUUCGUGAACAGUCUUUGUCAGAAAAAUAUGGUGCUUGGUCUACACUCCAUUGUCGGCCCUUGUAGAGUUCCGUGGGCAGCAUGUCUUCACUGCGACCCCCCCCCACCCCCCAAUAUCCCUCCCCCAUUGAUGUAGUGAAGCUGGUGUGUGUAUCUCUCGUGUUUACCAGUGCAGUGUCGUUCCACUACACCCUCUACUGCAGAUACCCCACCCCAUUGCCAACAGCCCACUGUGUUGUAUUGGGAGAUUAGUCUGUCUAUAUGGAAGUAGUGUCUGGCGUGUAUACGGAGUGCAUUCACGGGACAGCCCCUGUACGGGGUGUAGUCUUCGCCGCAGCGGUCGGGUUGUGGGACUCUGGUAUGUCUGUGACUGUGUGUGUGUGUGUGUGUGUGUGUGUGUGUGUGUGUGUGUGUCUGUGUGUGUGUGUGUGUGUGUGUGUGACUAUGUGUGUGUCUGUGACCGUGUGUGUGUGUGUCUGUGUUUGUGUGUCUGUGUAUGUGUCUGUGUGUGUGUGUGUGUCUGUGUUUGUGUGUCUGUGUAUGUGUCUGUGUGUGUGUGUGUGUGUCUGUGUAUGUGUCUGUGUGUGUGUGUGUGUGUCUGUGUGUGUGUGACGUAACCGGCCAACCACUCGCCUUCCUGCCUUUACCCGACCCUUCGAUAUUCUUUAUCUCUGUAUUCAAUACAUUAAAAGUAAAACAUAGCAAAAGUUUACUUGGAA